AUCUAGUAGUCAUUUUCCGUUCCUAUGACAGAAUUGAUCUACUUGAAAACUCCAAGCACUACCUGAAAACACAUCAUGAAGGAUCCCUCGGAACCUAAGCCGAACACUCGUAAUCCUUGGAAAUGUCCCAUUAUGCGAUGUCCGACGAUGCUGUCGGACUCGGCCCUUCUGGAUCACUUGAUUGCCGAACACAAAUGCAUCGACCUGAAGCCCGUAGAAGCCGGCGAGAAGGCACUUCUCUCAUUCCGAGAGUCUAUUUUCCCGUACGGCCAACCCGUUUGCAUGGGAGUUCUACUCUACGGCGGAAAAGGUAAUCAAUCGAGUCCGGGACACUCCCAUCGGAACUCGAUCCUGUCGGCCAGCUUUGCCGCGUACGAGAAACAUCUACCGGUACUGGUCAUGGGCUGCAAAACACACCUAACGGACAUGCUGGCCGAUGACGAGAUACCGUCGGAGAUCUACAACGAUAUUUGCCAGAGACGGGACGCAGCCCUCAAUGGUUCCGAUCGGGACAAGGAUAUCUUUGUGCUGUGGUUGAUUGGGCCUAGUACAUCCAGGCCGGUUUAUGGGGAGGUGACCAUCAGCGAUGUGGAUCGGAUCAUUGUAAGAGGAUGUCGGAUGCAGAUGCAUGAUUUUAAAGACUUUCUCCUGCCGAAGAGUUUUCUUUGCAAUGGAGAGGAUUAUUUGAUGGUGAACCGUCCCGGGAUGAGCUUGAUGACCCGAAAUGGGGAGCAGGAUGUGGAGAUGGAAGUGGUUAUCGAGGAGGAAAAAACUGAAAUUUAGGACUAGCUUAUUGUACCAAGAAUUGCUAAAAACAAUAAUAAAUUUAUUUCAGUGAAACCAGAAAA